AUGUUGGUUACCUUUAUCUGCCAAUUGAUGGCUUUUUUCUUAGUGGUCCCAGUUCAAGUGUCUGCAUUUUACUUUUACACCAACGGUGGUGAACGUAAAUGUUUCCAUAAAGAAUUAUCAAAGAAUACUUUGUUACAGGGUACAUAUAAGGUUCAAAUAUAUGACGAUAAUCUAAAAUCUUAUAAGGAAGCAGACCCAAAAGAUCUUUCUGUUGUUGUUGAUGUUGAGGAAGUGUUUGACGACAAUCAAAGAGUUGUUCAUCAAAAGGGUGCUCCUAAUGGAGAUUUCACCUUUGUUGCCUUGGAUUCUGGUGAACACAGAGUUUGCUUCCAACCACAGGCUAGUGGAUGGUUGAGCAAGGUUAAGACUAAGGUAGACAUUGAAUUUGAUAUUGGAUCAGACGCCAAACUUGACUCAAAGAAGAGAGAUACAUUGGAGGCUUUACAUCAAAAGGUAAACAUUCUAAACUCCAAAAUCCUAGAAAUUAGAAGAGAACAACAAUUAAUGAGAGAACGUGAAGCCUCUUUUAGAGACAUUUCUGAAUCUGUCAACUCCCGUGCCAUGUGGUGGACUAUCAUUCAAGUCUUCGUAUUGGGUAUUACAUGUGUUUGGCAAAUGAAGCAUUUGUCUACCUUCUUUGUUAAGCAAAAGGUGUUAUAA